AUGGAGAUGAGGUACCAAGAAGGCGAAGGAGUACUACGGGAUGACUUCAGACAAAACCCUUCUGAUGUCAUGGUGGCAGUAGGAGAGCCGGCGGUAAUGGAAUGCCAACCUCCACGAGGCCAUCCUGAACCCACCAUUUCAUGGAAGAAAGACGGCUCUCCACUGGAUGAUAAAGACGAAAGAAUAACUAUACGAGGAGGAAAGCUCAUGAUUACUUACACUCGUAAAAGUGAUGCUGGCAAAUAUGUUUGUGUGGGUACCAACAUGGUUGGGGAACGUGAGAGUGAAGUAGCAGAACUAACUGUUUUAGAGAGACCAUCAUUUGUGAAGAGACCCAGUAAUUUGGCAGUAACUGUGGAUGACAGUGCGGAAUUUAAAUGCGAGGCCCGAGGGGACCCUGUGCCUACAGUACGAUGGAGGAAAGAUGAUGGAGAGCUGCCCAAAUCCAGAUAUGAAAUCCGAGAUGAUCAUACCUUGAAAAUUCGGAAGGUGAUGGCUGGUGACAUGGGAUCAUAUACUUGUGUUGCAGAAAAUAUGGUUGGAAAAGCUGAAGCUUCUGCUACUCUUACUGUUCAAGGUAGGCAUUGGGGAAUUCUUUGUUGUGGUUGUUUUAUUAUAUGA